AUGCAGUCGUACACGGUAGCAUCAACGAAAUGCACUUGUCCAUCGAGAGUGGUCAUCGAACAGCGCUGUUACUGUAGAGGAACGCAAGAUGAAACUUUUACAAUUCAUAUUCCAUUACAACAUAUGAAUGAACGCGAAUAUAAGCCGGAGCGCUUUAAAACACUUUUAGUUAUGAUCUCUUUUCUGAUCGUCGGACUGAUUAACCAUUUCGUACUUGCCGUUGUAACAGAUAUUAUAAGCCAGUUGCCACUUCCCGAUUUCGCGCAUUCUAUUAUUCCUCAGAACGACUUUUUGAGACAUAUGGGAGACUUCUUUACAGCUGCAGCAGCAUUUUUACUGAUACUUAUCUGCUGUGUAUUCCACAAGCACAGAUGGAUUGUCACUCGACGUCUUUGCUACAUCCUUACUGUACUAUACAUGAUGCGAGCUAUUAGCAUUUGUCUUACUCAUAUUCCAUCAGGAUUCCAGGAAAGCGAAAAUCCGUUCGUUUUCAGCUCGAUACUCUUGGAAAUGAAGUAUAAGGUGUUGAACUCACUCGGCCACAUCUCCGUUCCAACAGAUCUACGAGCUGCUGCCCAAUCUCACUUACUUACGACGGCUUUCGAUGGGGUGCGACCUCCCUUCGCGGGCUCCCUGAUUCUCUAA